AUGGCUCGUGCACCAGUGUCCAGCGUCGAAGCGCAGCCCGAAGGCUGCAAGGCUGCCAAAGGCGCCGCAGACGGCUGCGCUGCAGCAAGGCUAGUGCGCAAAGAUCUUCUGGAAGAGACCUGUGAAGCGAGGAUAUCAGGUGAGCAGUGCACGAAUUCCAUCACUUCUUUGCCGUGGCUGCAAGAUGCAAGCGGACAUCCCAAGGGCCGCUUCACUUCUCCUUCCGUGAUAUACCUCUUUCCGGGCAAGGAGAUGAAGGUUGGCAGACAGCCAGACAUGUGCGCGGUGGUCAUGGACUGCCCAGAAGUUCCGCAGAUGAUCAGCCGUUGCCAUGCUAGACUCGUGGAUGCUGAAGGCAUUUGGGUCCUGACAGAUGAGAAGAGCUUGAACGGCAUCCAUGUCAACGACAUGAAGCUCAAUGCGCCCAAGCUCCUGAGACAUGGUGACUCUAUAUGUUUCGGCAGGAAGCUGAACGACCGACCUGUCUUCGAGUACAUUUUUGAGGAGAAAGAUCGUCAGAUUCCAGAAAGAACAGGCAAAAGGAAAAGGGAACCCCAAGCAGAUGCAGUUGCUGUGGGCCAAGCUACAGCAACUGUCAAGGAUGGGGAUGUUUCCACCAGUGCUGCUUGGCAAGAAGCAAAGCAGUGCGACGCACCUGGGCUCACGGACCUUGCAGAUGCAGAGGGCGACAACAUGUUGCAACAGGAAAUGAGCAAGCUGAUGAAGGAUCACAUGUCAAGAGUAGCACAAGAGAGGCUGGAUCUUGAUGCCAGACGGGCAGAGCUGGAUGCCAAGUUCAAGCAGCUGGAAGCAAAAUCGCAACAGCCUGCAAAGGAAGCUAGCACGCCCGCUGUUAAUCUGAAGGAGCUUCAGUCUGAGCUUGUGUGUUCCAUUUGCCGAGACUGGAUUGUCCAUGCUGCCUCCAUAGAGUGCGGGCAUAUGUUCUGCCGGGAAUGCAUAGAUCAGUGGCUCGCUCACAAGCACUUUCUGUGUCCAGUCUGCCGUGCCACGGUCAAACAAGAGCCAACAGCUGCCCGGACGCUCGAUGUGAUCGUUGACAAAACCAUACAGCAGAGCAGUGCGUCCGACAUGCAGGAGUUCCAGAGUCGAGUAAAACAGGCUGAUGAGCUUCAGGCCAAGCGGCGAAUGGCCACGCGGGACUUGGAAGCUUCAGUGAAAGAAGCCGUUCGAAGCAAGAAGAAGUUCUUUCACGUCAACCAGAACUGGGGUAAAAAAGAGAAGAAGACCUUCCACGAUGGCGUCAAGCAGUACAUCAGCGAAGGAAGAGAGGCUUACUGCCAGCUGGUUGGCCUUACCAUUAGCUGGGUCUACAGUGCCGAUGAUUCCAAACUCAAUCAGGCAUUGCACAAUCUAGGUUUGCAGGAGUUUGUCAGCAAGCCCGAGAAGGACAUUCGGCAGAGACUGCUGAUGUUUCUGCGCUAUGGCUAA